CACCUUUGAAUAAACCGUUAUCAAAAUGAAUAAAUUCAGUGUUCUAUCCUUACUUUUCACGUUGUUACAAGUUGUAAUUUUUUUGGACCAACCUACAAUUUCGACGGCCCAAGAGCCUUUGUUUGAAUUACCAGUUGAAUUAGUUGGAUUUCCAGUUAUUAUAAUGGCUGUUAGAUUAUCAAAUUUUGUGAAAAAAUUGGCUUAUUCCUUGAAUCCAAACACCUAUAGAAGAACACGUCGUGCCAUUUUAUCGGACGAAUUGAUUAACAUGAUAGAAGCAGAGAAAAGAUUAGUUUCGGAAUUGGGUGAAAAUGUCUGCAUUUAUCCGAAAGUCUGUUUACAUCACGCAGAAAAAGCAAGAAAGUCUAAUGGCCGACAAGAAGUGGUCAUUGAUUGGGAUGAGAUUUUCAGCAAUUACAAAGCUUCUUCGCAGAAACACAAGGAGUUCUAUUUGCUCAGCGUAUUCUUAGGAGACUUCAUUCAAUCUCCAAAAUUCUGCAACCAGCUGAUUAAGAGAGGACGAGCCUGUGUAGAUGAAAUAUGAUAGUUUCAUUAAUACCAAAUUUUUAAGUAACUUUUUUUCAUAGAAGAGGUAGUAUACUAGUCACAAGGGAGUCAAUGUAAUAUAAAUUGAAUAUAGGAUAGGUUAAGCAAUUAAAUGCAUGAAUUUAAUUUGAAAUAUAUGAUAAAUAAUUACUAUUUUCGUGGUUCUCAUAAAAUGCUUCAAUCAUUUUUUGAAUCGAAACAGUAAUGAUGGUUCUUAUAUUUUAAUGUAUUCUUAAUAGUGUCACCACAUGUGUGGUUUGUAUUGAUCCGUAAUUUCUAAAUUUGCUGAUAUAUAUUAUUUGUUGAAAAUAUGAACGAAAGUUAAGUAAUUAGCUUAAGUAAUUUGUAAUGGAGUACUAGAAAAUUUAUUUAUCAACGUUAAUUGUAUUACAAAUAAAAUGAGAUUUUUCCACUUUUUAACAAGGUUACCAUUAACAUUGAAAUAAUUGUCCUGUCGUGGCUGCGGUUUUUGGAUGGCAUAUCAAAGGACUCUGCCUCCUGACUACAAAACAAAUAGGUAACAGCUUCUAUUUAACUAUUGUUAAAUAGAAAGUGAAGUGAUUUUUUAGUUUUUAAGGGAAAAAAAUCGUUUUCUAUUCCUGAUACAUGAUAUAUUUCGCCUUAAUGUUUUGCAUUCUUCUUAUUUUCCAUUUCUUUUAUAAACGAAGUAUUCUUUCCAUUCAUUCCAUCUUCUAAAUGCGAUUUCCCUUAUCACGUUAUCCCUUCACGAAUCUUACAGCUAUCGGUCUUUCCUUAGUUUUAUAUGUUGGACUCUUCUGUCCUUAUUUCUAUACAGAAAAGUUUGAUUCGUUUUUUCAUCAUGUUUUCACCUUCUAGUUCAAUUUUGCUCUUCAUGAAAAAUUUUCACCGCACUAUAGAUGCCUCUAACAAGCAUAAACUCUUUUUUGUAUAAAUUUCUUUAUGUGUUCUUAAAGAUUAUAACUAAGUUCUAGCGGUGCCAUAACAAUUAGCACAUUUGUUAUGUUUCAUUAAAUGCAUUAUUCCAAUACAUUAGAUUAACUAAGUACUGUUCAAUAAUUCAUCGAGUGUAGUAUUUGUCAAAGUUGGAAUAACAUUAGGUCAGUUUCCUGACGUCUUAUAGCUGAAUAAAAACAGAUAUAAUUAUAAAUAUUUUAUUUGAUAUUGAAGAAUUAAUCGUUUAUAAUAUAUCAAUGUUCCUUUAAUUUAAUUAAAUUAAUAUUAUAUAAUCUUUACAUGAAAUACAACGUAAAAUACGAAUAAACUAUAUUGAAGUUCACGUAUAAUUUACAUAGUACUUAAAUUUGAAAUUGAAUUUAAAUAUUACUAUCGAUAUGUUAAUAACUUGUGACCCAUACAGAAAAUAUAACAAAAAUUUUCCCAAAAUCUUUUAAAUAAUUUAGAAACUGAAACAAAUGAAUUUUGUGAAUCUACAAAAAUAACACAUAUUCAAGAGAUGUUUCAUAACCUUCACAAAAUAAAUUUAUUCAAUAAACAAAACUUGAAUUAACUCUAUUGAUUUGUGGUUAAAAUAUCUAUUAUUGAUAUACAAUGUAUAAUAAAUGCAAUCAUAAUUUCCAAUGGUACAGUACAAAACUUCAUGAUCAGUAUUUGUUUAUAAAAUGAAAUGAAAUAUCUCUUCUGACUAAAUGUAAUAAUGAAUGACUCUUUCGCACAUAAACUGCCAAUAUUUCUAAUAAAAAAUGCUGAUUAAAUAAGCAA